AUGAUAUUUGAGUACAUGAGACCACCAUCAUUUGGUGACUUGUUCCCAUCUCGGUACGCCUUCAAGUAUCUGGAAAGGGGCAUGAGAUAUGUGGGCUGGAUGCCGCCAUCGAGGAACAAUCCCAAUUACUGGAUAUAUUGCGCGUAUGGAGUCAUUGUAACUACGUUGUGCGGUGCCUAUUUGCCCUUCGGCUUCUUCAUCAGCUACUUCGUCGAUUUCGGGAGCUUCACCCCUGGAGAUUUUCUAACUUCCAUACAGGUCGCUUUCAAUUCGGUUUGUCUGGCAGUAAAGAUCGCUAUUGUUUUACCAAAUCUGUGGCGCUUUAAGAAGGCAAAGACGCUUCUCGAUAUACUGGAUAAGCCGUGCUUUCAGGAGGGAGCAGGCGACGAAAUACAUCGCUGCGUCGCGCGCUGUAAUUUCGUCUAUAUGGUAUAUCAGGUGGCGUAUAGUUCGUACUCCGCUCUGACUUGUCUUAGCUCUGUUUUAUUCGGCUCGACCCCAUGGGGAUUCUACAUUCCUUUCGUAGACUAUCGUUCCAGCAAUUCACGCUUUUGGGUGGCAGCUAGCAUUGAGAUAAUCGUUGGAUCCGUGGCUGUCACUUUGGAUCAAUUUGUAGACGUCUAUCCGGUGAUCUUUGGCAUAAUAUUACGAACUCAUAUACAACUUUUAAUAAAGCGCGUUGAGCGAUUGCGAAAGAAUAGCAGCCAAAGCGACAAUGAGAACUAUGAGGAGCUGGUCAACUGCAUCAAAGAUCACAAAAAUAUUCUGGAAUUUGCGGAAGUCUUUCGUCCGCUGGUAUCGGGUACUAUAUUUGCCCAGUUUUUAGCAAUUGGCUUGUGUCUGGGUCUGUCGGCGGUUAAUUUGCUGUUCUUUUCGACUAUCUGGACGGGCCUGGCUACGUCUGUGUUCAUUAUCGUAUUGAUGAUCGAAACAUUUCCCUUCUGUUACAUCAGCGAGCUGAUAGAACGCGAUUGCAUUGAGCUGACGCAUGCCAUAUUUCAUUCCGAUUGGGUAAGUGCUAGCAAGCGCUAUAAGGCGACUCUUGUCUUCUUUCUACAUCAGACACAGCAGACGAUUGCUUUUAUUGCUGGCGGUAUCUUUCCGAUCUGUAUGAGAACUAACAUUGAGAUGGCCAAGUUGGCAUUCACAGUGGUAACUGUUUUCAAGCAAAUGAAUAUUGUCGAGAAACUUACCUGAAAUCAAUUUUGUUAAAUUAUAUGCACAUUAAAUUACACGUAGGCAUGCUCUAAACACCUGUAGAAACAAAGCACAGCAAUCGCAAAGAAUAAAAUAUGCUUCAGAACAUCUGUGGCAAG